AAAAAAAGAAAAAAAUUAUAUAUCUCAUUAUAAUAAUUAUAUGUAUAACCUAUAUAUAUUUGAAAGUAACAUAAAAAUAUGUUUUCAUCAAAAAAUAAUGUGAAAUCAACAUUAUUUUGUGGGCCUCAGGAAUUAAAUAAAUCAUUUAUGUUUGAGACAGCAAUUUAUUGGGCCGAGGAAGGACGCCGCGUUGUUUACAUUACACCAACACCGUUGGAGAGAUUACCGGCAAUCUGUCAUGAUAGAUGUAAUCCAGCACCUGCAGCUUUCAAGCUUAUGAGAUUUAUGUAUUUGGAGAAUUACGAAUCCUUCAUAGAACGAAUGAUUGAGUUGCACACCUUUGCCAGUUUACCAUCUGUUCUUUUAAUCGAUGACUUUGACGCCUAUAUCAAUGAUUAUAAAGAAAGUGAAAUAUCACAAGAUCUUCAUAUCGCCAGAAUAUGUUCUUUGAUUUUUGAUACAAUGAAUUCUUGUGCACGAAUUCUAAAAAUCAAUGUAUAUAUAUGCGCCUGGUCUUUUUCUGGAAUGAACGAUAUUUGUACAUAUACAAUAUAUUUUGUUAAUGUUUGGAAUGUGACGAAUGAAGAAGAAAGUAAUACCAUAUUUUUACAAAAAUACUUGCAGAAAACUUUUACAGAACAAUGUCCAUCGUAUAGAUAUUGCAAACUUGAAGAUGGAACCAGAGUGUUAAAACAAAUUCUAUACGAAUCUAUGAUUUUUGAUAGAAAUUAAUUUUUAGAUCAUUAUCAGAUCAUAUCAAUAUUCAUACUUAAAUCAGAUAUUAAAAUAUUAAAAAAAUAUAUAUAUGAUACAUAGAACAUAUUAUAUUAUAUAAGUAAAAAAAAUUUUAAUAUGCAUAAAUUGAAUAGAUAGAUAGAUU